AUGCCUCAAAUUUCUCCACGCUUUUACGUGUUUUGUAUAUCAGCCUUGUUUCUUUGUUUUGGAAUAGCAGUCGCUGUGCUAACUUUCUCUGGAAUAAAUGUGACUACAAUUCAUAUCACAGGCCCACUUCUGAUAUGUUAUGCAGCCGCGUAUCUUGUUUGCGCGCCGUCAGGCUUAUGGGGGAUCUUGGGUGCCAGCAAGAACAACAUGGUCUUAUGUUCACGAUACGUGCGCGACCACUGGUUCGCCACAGUAUUCCUAAGUAUAAUUGAAGCGGUGAAAUUAGUGUUCAUAUUCACGCUAAAAGAUAAAACAAUAGAGAAUUUAAUAGAUCACAAUGCACCAUAUGAAACCGAAUAUCCGCGUGCAGAGGAUCGAGUUGAACUUGCACAAAAAGCGGCGAUUGUUCAGGUAUCGAUCCAGGAGACGCUGUUGAUAGCGUCAGGUAUAGUAGUACUAUAUAGCUACAGAAAUCUUAGCAGUUCACACGCACCUGGAAUUAUGCUAGAUCUAGAAGCUCCGAGAUCUCGACCAGUUGAUCGAUCUUCAAUAACGACAACUGAGCUAUUUAAUCAAAGAAACAAUUUGGAUAUAGAUCAUAUAGCAGAUCGACCACCGUCACCUUUUAUACAUCGCCCAAAAUUGGAAAAAGUGGAAGAGAGCGUGCUCGAAUCAAAUAAAAUCCAACCACAUCCCCCAGCAUUAAAGCCUGCACCUAGUAAUUCGAAUAUCUCAACAAAUAAGAUCCCGGGAAUUCAGAGAUCUUCAGAAAGAAAUGAUGGAUCAAGAGACAGACAACAACAGAAUCAAUUACCGUUUCCACAACCAGCACCGCCAAUAAUAUUAUCAAUACAGCAGCAACAACAACAAUCACCGCCGCCUCUUCGACGUAAACGUACUCAGACAUUUGGUAGUACACGUGAUGCAGCACCACUUGAUCCACCUGCAAGAAAAUUGUCUAAUAAUAUACAACAACAAUCAAGAAGGAGAUCAAAAUCAACAUCAGCCGUAACCGGUUUAACUGUACCAACUAAUAAACCUCUUCCUAUACCACCUUCUGUUGUAAUGAUACCAUCAGUGUCUACUCAUCUAAUAUCACAGAUUCCAUCAAAUCAACAAAGGAAUCCCCCGUCACAAAUUCCAUCAAAUCAACAAAGGAAUCCCCCGUCACAAAUUCCAUCAAAUCAACAAAGGAAUCUCCCGUCACAAAUUUCAUCAUCGAAUCAACAGAGAAAUUUAUCAUCGUCAAAGCGUAAUUCUAAACGAUUUUCACCGAGACUUUCCCCAAUUCCAGAAGGGUUAAGAAGAACUUCAUUACCCACCCAGAUGCAUAGCAAUUAUUCGGAUCUUCGCCACUCUUCGUCACUUCCAAAUCUACUAACACAGGAUCAACCGUACUAUGAUUUAUCUAAUGCGCCACCUGUUCCUCCUCUCCCGCCUUAUUUACAAACGGGUUCUUCUGCUCCUUUCAAACCAUAUAAUGAUAAUAAUAUUUCAUCAAGACAAUCGCGCAAUUAUCAAAGAAACCAAAAUGAACCUCAGAAAUUGCAAAUUUCAACAAAUGAUCGGUAUGCUUCGCAUUAUGGUAAUAGUGGUGAUUCGCCAAGAAGCUCUCAAUUUAAAUACUCAGAGGUCCCCUUCAAUCAAGGGCCAUAUCAAGGUAGAGAUAAUAAUGUAUACAGUAAUACAAAUGGCUAUACGAGCUCUCCAAAAGUUCGGCCAAGAUCAAUGCACUCAACACUGGAGGAAUUACGUAAAAAUUCAUGGUCUUCAUCGAAAUAUUAUAAUAAUCAACCUCAAAAUAAUUAUCAUCAUCCGAAUCAUCAACGUGAUUCAAAUUAUGGAGCCGGAGUAGCAGGAGGGGGAAACGUGAAUGGGACGAAUAGAAAUAGCAGCAGUCGCCGGAUGAACAGUAGUAGCAAUAAUGAUAUUCGAGGUAAUAGACUUCCUCGUGCAGAUCGCAGAGAUUCACGAGAUUCACGAGAUCGACGAGACGUAUCGAAUGGCAACAAUAUGAUUCCAUUUAAUGGGAAUAGUAGACUACAAGGUGGAUAUAUAAAUCAACAACCGAGAGGUUCAACGCGAGAAAACCUAAUGACAACAAGAUACAAUUGA